AUGAAGUUUUCUCUGGUGGCACUAGCAACCCUAGUCGGAGCUGCUGUUGCCGAUUUAGACCCCAUUGUCAUCAAGGGAUCCAAGUUUUUCUAUUCUAGCAAUGAUACCCAAUUCUACAUGCGUGGUGUCGCCUACCAGCAAACUGCUGAUGGUGAUGACUACACCGACCCUCUGGCAGAUGCCACUGCAUGUGCCCGCGAUGUUCCCAUCAUGAAGGAGUUGCGCACCAAUGUCAUCAGAACAUACGCCAUCAACGCAUCUGCUGAUCACUCGGCUUGCAUGAAGUUGUUGUCUGAAGCCGGCAUCUACUUGAUCUCCGAUCUUUCCGACCCCUCCCAAUCCAUUGACAGAAGCGACCCUUCUUGGGAGACCAGCCUGUACACUCGCUACACUAGUGUGAUCGAUGAGCUGUCUCAGUACAACAACACCAUUGGUUUCUUCGCCGGAAACGAGGUUUCCAACACCGUUGCGACCUCCGAUGCCAGUGCCUUCGUCAAGGCUGCUGUCCGCGACAUGAAGAAGUACAUCAAGCAGAAGGGAUACCGCUCCAUGGGUGUUGGAUAUGCCACGGCUGAUGUAUCAGCUAUCCGUGAGAACAUGGCUGACUACUUUGACUGCAACGAGUCUGACGAGACGAUCGACUUCUGGGGAUACAACAUCUAUUCCUGGUGUGGUAGCUCAAGCUACUCUGCGUCCGGAUACAAAGAUCGCACCGAGGAGUUCCACAACUACUCUGUCCCCGUCUUCUUCGCUGAGUACGGCUGCAACGAUGUUACCCCUCGCAAGUUCACUGAGGUUCAGGCUCUGUAUGGCGACACUAUGGCUGAGGUCUGGUCCGGUGGCAUCGUGUACAUGUACUUCCAAGAGACCAACAACUAUGGCCUUGUCUCUGUGGUUGACAGCACUAGUGUGAGCACCAUGGCCGACUUCAAGUACUACUCCAGCGAGAUCGCGAGCGUCAACCCAACCGGUACCAACAAGGCUUCCUACACGCCCACCAACACCGCCCUCCAAAGCUGUCCUACCGUUGGCACCAAAUGGUCUGCCAAGGCUUCUCCUCUCCCUCCCAGUGCCGAUAUCGACCUUUGCGAAUGCAUGUACGAUGCCUCCGGAUGUGUUGCCUCUGACUCGCUGUCGAGCAGUAAGUACUCUAAGCUCUUCAGCACUGUUUGUGGUUACACCAGCUGCGACGGCCUCGACGCCAACGCCACCACUGGUGAAUACGGUGCCUACAGCAUGUGCACUACAAAGCAGAAGCUUGCUUUCGCUCUCAACAAGUAUUAUGUCGAGCAGGAUCGCGCUGCCACUGCCUGCAACUUCGCCAGCUCUGCUACUACCAAGGCCACCACCGCGGCCUCUGGUACUUGCUCCGCGCAGAUGAAGGAAGCUGGUACUGCUGGCACCGGCACUGUCACCACUGAAGCAACUGCCACCGCCGACUCUAGCUCCGGCUCUUCGGGCUCGACCUCGACCUCCUCCAGCGGUGCUGCUUCCGGUAUUCACUCCAGCGCCUCAUUUGGUUCUAUCCAGAUCGCUGCUUAUGUGGCCACUGCACUCUUGGCGGGCGUCGGUAUGAUCGCACUUUGA